AUGUUCUCCAAAGCACCAAAACUGAUGAUACCUCCAGCGGAGUUCGUCAACCAAGGGGGAAUCGGGAGUCCCCAAGAGGGGCUGCGCACCCCCACCGGCAGCCAGAUGCUGGCCAACCCCCUCCUCAACCUGAACAACACCGGCCGAACCAACUUCACGAACAAACAACUAACAGAACUCGAAAAGGAAUUUCAUUUCAACAAGUACCUGACGAGAGCGAGACGAAUAGAGAUUGCGUCGGCCCUGCAACUAAACGAAACCCAAGUUAAAAUAUGGUUUCAGAACCGACGGAUGAAGCAAAAGAAAAGAAUCAAGGAAGGUCUCAUCAUAGCUCCCGAGGUGACGCCAUCGCCUUCGCAAAACACUGUAGGCUCCAACGAAAAUAGUCGAGAAUCCAGUUAAGCUGUAUACAGUGAUUCCAUAGACUUUUAUAAAAUCGAGACUCGACUUAGAAAUGAGGCUUAACGAAAUAGAGAUGUGCUGAGUAGUUGAACUAAUUCAAAAUAAGAACGUUUUUUUACAAAAUGCUUUUAUAAAGUCUUGUCUCUAAGAUUUCGUGAUCAGAUAUUAGUUCAUACCGUUUAACUAAGCCGAUUGGAUGCAUUAAAUUAAUUACAGAGUUCCUAUAGUCAGCUGUA